AAAAUCCACUCCAACCUCAACUCCAGCCGUUUUUUCGACAAAACCUCCUUCUCGCAGUUUUUAUCUCAAGUAGUGAUUCUAUCCUUUGCAUUUUCAAUAGCAAACGCCCUACCACGAGUCGCCGCCUCUGUCGAUUAAAUUCCAGUCUACUUCUGGAUACCGAUUGUUCCUUCACUCCCUUAAGUUGGAUGGAUCUGAAAAUGUGGGGAAUCUUUAGAUGCGAAUGGAAGGGAUAAAGAACUUGGAGAGGAGUUUGCUUUAUAUGAUAUUUUGGGAUCAGAAAUAAGGGAUUUGAAUCUGGUUUGAGAAAGAGUAAUCCUUUGAAUUUGAUCUAGAAGAUGGUUUUCUUGUUGAAAGAAUAAAGGGUUUUGUUUAGGUUCCCUCAGAAGGAAAGUGGUGGGCUAGAAGAAACAAGCGCAGUUGCAGUUUGAGGUUGGUUCUAUGGAGGAGUAGUAGUCGGAGAAGUUGCAGGCGGCGACGACGUGGUCGGGGAACUCGUAAGAAUUGAGGAUGUAGGAGAUGAUGAAAGAGAUGUUAACGAAGGAGUUAAAUAAGUCGUUCGUGGGAAAAACGAGCGAAAUUGUGGUUAGAGUGGAUUUUGGAGAUGGAAAUACCCAAAACGGUGUAGUUUCGGAUGGAUAUUGAAACAAUUAUGGGUGAAACGAUGACCCGUUCUCAGAAUAUUCCAACAAAGAGUGCAAUUUAUGUGUGGGGAUAUAAUCAUAGCGGCCAGACUGGUAGGAGAGGGAAAGAACAACACUUGAGGAUCCCUAAACAGCUAUCGCCCGAUCUCUUUGGGUGUCCGGCGGGGGGAAAUUCCCGCUGGCUGGAUAUUGCUUGCGGCCGUGAGCAUACUGCGGCGGUGGCCUCAGAUGGGUCAUUAUUCACGUGGGGUGCUAAUGAGUUUGGACAACUGGGAGAUGGUACCGAGAAGGGGAGGAAAAACCCAAAGAAAGUAAAGCAAUUGCAGACGGAGUUUGUGAAAUUUGUAUCUUGUGGGGCACAUUGCACAGCUGCUAUUGCAGAACCUCGUGAAAAUGAUGGGACCAUCUCAACAAGGAGACUCUGGAUUUGGGGACAAAAUCAGGGAUCAAAUUUACCUCGUUUAUUUUGGGGCGCAUUUACUCCUAACAUGGUCAUCCGUCAAGUGUCCUGUGGAGCAGCCCAUGUAGUUGCUUUAUCAGAGGAAGGCCUACUACAAGCUUGGGGCUAUAAUGAGUAUGGUCAGCUAGGCAGAGGCGUUACUUCCGAAGGAUUACAGGGGGCUCGUGUGAUAAAUGCAUAUGCAAAAUUCCUGGAUGAGGCUCCUGAGCUUGUGAAGAUUACCCAAGUGUCAUGUGGGGAGUACCACACUGCAGCUGUUUCUGAAAAAGGCGAGGUCUAUACUUGGGGUCUAGGAAACAUGGGUCAACUUGGACACAGUUCCCUUCAAUCUGGUGAUAAAGAGCUCGUGCCAAGGAGAAUAGUUGCUCUGGAUGGUAUAUGCAUUAAGGAUGUUGCUUGUGGUGGGGUACAUACAUGUGCUUUAACUUCAAAGGGAGCACUUUAUGCCUGGGGUGGUGGUCAAGUAGGUCAGCUAGGCCUUGGCCCUCAAACAGGAUUCUUUUCAUGCAACCCUAAUGAUUCAUUCUUUCGUAAUAUCCCUGCUUUGGUUAUUCCCACCGGUGUCCAGCUUGUUGCUUGUGGACAUUCUCACACACUUAUUUGUUUGAGAGAUGGAAGAAUUAAUGGAUGGGGUUACAAUAGUUAUGGUCAGGCAGCAAAUCAGAAAUCUAUUUAUGCGUGGUAUCCUUCACCAGUUGACUGGUGCGUUGGUGAAGUGCGAAAACUAGCAGCUGGGGGUGGUCAUUCCGCUGUAUUGACUGAUGCAUGUUCUUUGAAAGAACUUUGCGAGUUUAGGCUUGCAGAGUGUGUGACCUUAUCAAAUGCUGCACGGAUAGGGGAUGUUGCUUCUCGAACUGGAGCAGAUGCUUUAGCACGUCUUUGCGAGAGACUGAGGGAACAUCAUCUUCAUGGUGGUGGCUUCGACGAUCAGGAUGACAUCAGCAAUAUGAAGAGCUGACUGCUCGCUACGAAUUUCGUGUUGUGAGCUUCAUUACCAACCUUAGAAUUGUAGGAUAAUUGUGAAUCAAUUCAAAAUCCAUCCACUGUAUUGGUUAGAACAGUAUAGCAGAAACUCAAACUAAAACAUGAACUCAAAUAACAGACUUGUUUAGUAUGAGUUGGUGGAACUUGAAAGUUUGUAUGGAUUGAUAAUUGGAAGGCUUACAAACAAACAUUCACCCCUAACAAAAUCAUUCUGUUUCUUUUUGUA